AUGGGUUUGGAAAAGGCUGUCCAACAAGCCCAUAGUCAAGUUUGUGUUGAAGGGAAAGAGGCCACUGGCACUGGCCAGUGUAAAAUAAAGUCAGAAGAGGCAUAUGCUAGCCAGCAGUCCUCCUUGGCCAACAAAAGAGAAGGGACAGUGUUAUUUCCUGACUGGGCCUAUAAACCAGCCUGCUCGCCAGGUUCUCGACAAGUGCAGUUAUGGCACUUUCUGUUGGAGUUGUUGGCGUGGAGUGAGGGUGGAGUUGUUGUCUGGGGUGCUGAAUGGGGAGAGUUUGUGAUCCAAGACCCAGAAAAACUGGCCAAGCUGUGGGGUGAGAGGAAGGGCAAACCACACAUGAACUAUGAUAAACUCAGCAGAGCGCUAAGAUAUUACUACAACAAACAGAUUCUGCAUAAGACCAAAGGAAAGCGGUUUACAUAUACGUUUAACUUCAGUAAACUGAUCCUUGUGAACUACCCCAGCCUGCCUAGCUGCCAACAGGUCAUCCAGUGCAGAACUACUCAUCGAUACCCAUGCUUUUCUCCUGGGGGUUCAUAUUACAGCCCACCUGUGGAGACAGUUCUAUCAUCAAUUCGUCACCCUCUGCUGCUUCCAUACUGCCUUCCAAAGUCUUUCUCUUUUUCUGAGCAUCAUGCAAUCCAGACAACUUCCACUUCUCCCUGCUCUACCCUCUUCCUCAAGUAA